AUGCUGCGCGUCCUCCUGCUGCCCAAGGAGGACCCGCGGCUGUGGCAGCGCUCCCUGCUCCCGCAGGAGCUCGCCGACCUCCGCGAUCGCCUCGCGCAGUGCCUUGCCGCGCCGGAGCUGGGGGAGGUGCGGGCACCCAGCGAGCUGCUGUCGGCGCUGGACGCCGCCGGUCACGGCGGCCUGUGCGUGCGGCGCCGCCUCGGCGAGGAGCCGUGCCCCGUCUGCUUCGACCCCGUCGGGGCGCGCGCGGAGGCCGCGUACUGCGCGCGCUGCGGCCGGAACGUGCACCGCGGCUGCCUCGCGCAGUGGUGGGCGGCCGACGCCGCGCAGGGCGCCGUCGGCGCCGCUCCGAGCGGGAGCUCCAGCGCCGGCCCGCCCGCGCCGGAGGGCCCCGGCAGCCGCGGGCGGUGCCCCGCCUGCCGCGCCGCCUGGGCCGAGGGGGCGGGCGGCCGGGCGCCUGGGCAGAACCUGCCGCGCGGCGUGAACCUGGCCGAGCACUCGGAGGCCCACAGGACCAUGCGCGGUGUGCCCGCGCUCCCGCCGGACCGCGUGCUGCCUGCGCUUCCAGGGGGGCCCAUGUGGCACAAGCGGGAGAGCGUGACGAGCGAGACGAGGUGA